UACUUGUUUGUAGUUAUUUUAUGUAUUAAUUGUUAUUUGUUUAAUUUUAAUGUACUAAUUUUUUCUAUCUUACUUGUUUGUAGCUUUUAUACGUUGAUCAGUUUGUCAUUGAGGAAGUUAGAGCCAAACGAGAAACUCCAGUUCUCAAAGGUUGGACAACCAAUAUGUUUUCAAGUCGUGAGAAAUUGGAAAUUUUUAAGGGGAGGGUUGUAGUUUUUGAUAAAAAUCAGAAGCUUGUUGGUCCUUCUGGCAGCAAACAACCAAAAAUGGAACUAUCUGAUCCAAUUCAUACAAAAAAUGAAGAAAUUGAACAAGAUCCGAAGAAGAAAUUCCUUAUGGAGCUUGCAACAACAUCUACAAAUCUAGUCUUGGCAUACAUGGAUUUCAGUGAAAAACAUGAAACUGCUGUUAAGUAUUUUCCAAACAAUGAGAAGAUUCAAAAGCUGAAGGAAGAUGCAAUGACUGUUUGUGAUGAGCAGAAGAUGAGCUCUAAAGCUUUGACUGAAGAUAUUCCUCUCUCAUUUAGCCAAGAUGAACAGUAUUGGCAAGAUCCAGCUGUAAUUGAAGCUUGGGAUAGGUUUUCAAAGAUUUCAGGCAAUGACAAGCAUGCUGAAUCUACAAUUAAUGCUAGGGUUGAUCAUCUGAUUGAAUCGGAACCAAUUGAUGUUACUAAGAUUGCUGCUGAAUGUGUUCACAUAGCAAGUGGUAUACCUGAUGUUGAAGCUCCAUCUGUUAUCAUACAACCCAAGGUUGCUGAACAUGUGUUUAAAAAACUUGGAGAGUCAAGUAUGAGAUAUAGUUUAAGAAGUUCAGUUGCCAAAGGAUGUGGAACUCCUUCAUUCAGCUUAGGAAUCUCUUCUCAAGAAACUGAUUCUCAGGAGAAGUCCCCUGGCAUUGCACCUAUUGAUGAACAUUUGUUGCUGCUGUUACUGAUGAUGCUGAUGUUGUGA